AUGCUGGAUAAAUUAGUGCGUGAAGCGAAAUGGUGGGGUGAGACAUUUAUUGGUCUUGCCAAAGUUAUCGCUAGCCCUAAUGCUCCUAUUCCAGCUACUGAUAUUCAUCCACGUCAAUCGGCUAUCCCGUGUACACCUGCUGAAAGAUUUCGAGCGUUUCCAUUUCGUUGGUGGUGGAAAUUGUGUCCGUUUAAUAGAAAUAUCGUUCUAUGGAUGUCAAUACUGAUUCCAAUAUAUAUAGCUAAGUUUCCACCAGAAAUUUGGAAAGCCAUGUUGGUACAUCAAAUUCCAGAACAUAUAUCUUUGCACAAAAGGCGUGGGAAGGCACAGCGUCUUCAAGAUGAGUUGUACUUUGCGAAAUACGACCCAUUAAAAGAAAAAACUCCAGUUGGUGUUAAAAAGUAG